AUGGAAGACGGUUUAUACUCAGACGUUUUGCAGUUUCGCAGAAGAGGACGAUGCUGCAGGCCAGGGGUGCAGAUGGCCCUUUUGGGGCUGGUGACAGCCAUGCUGUGGGCUGGGCUGCUGACCUUGCUGCUUCUGUGGCACUGGGACACUGUACAGGGUCUGAAACGGCUGGAAGACAUCGCUGCCCUGAAUGUCUCUCAGGUUUCCAAGGAUUUGGAAAGACACAGGGGUGACCAGAUGGCCCAGAAAUCCCAGGCUGCCCAGAUGUUGCAGAACGUGGAGGAAAUCCAAGUAGAGCAGAAAAGAAUGAAAACUCAGGGCUUGGAGCUCUCUCAGAACCUGGAUGGACUUCAAGAGGGCCUGAGCAACCUCAAGUCCCAGGGCUUAAAUGAGAGACGCACAGCCUUGAAUGCACUGGAAAGACUCUGGGAGGAGGUGGCGAAGCUGUGGAUAGAGCUCCGGGUGUCCAACGGCUCCAUGUGUAACACAUGCCCUGAGAAGUGGGUCAAUUUCCAACGAAAGUGCUACUACUUCGGCGAGGGCGCCAAGAGGUGGAUCCAGGCCCGGUAUGCCUGCAGCGAGCUCCAGGGGCGGCUGGUCAGCAUCCAUAACCAGGAGGAGCAGGACUUCUUGGCCAAAUACAUCAACAAGAAGGGCUCCUGGAUUGGCCUUCGGGACCUGAACACAGAGGGGGAAUUUGUCUGGAUGGACGAGAACCCCCUGGACUAUAGCAACUGGCGGCCAGGGGAACCCAACAACGGGGACCAGGGCGAGGACUGCGUGAUGAUGCUAGGCUCUGGGCAGUGGAAUGAUGCCUUCUGCAACAGCUAUCUCGAUGGCUGGGUAUGUGACCGGCUGGCCACAUGCUGA